UGAAAACAUAAAUGAUGUGUUGUAGCCUCAAAGCUUCACUGUUGGAGAAACGAGAUUUCAGAGCAUUCCCUGAAAGCACCAUCGGGAACACCAACGGUUUUUUUCCCAGUUUGUCUGUUUAAACCGGGUUCAAAGUACCGUUUCCAGCAGUAAUUUACCACAAACACCGUGUAUAAAAGCGAUAAAGAGAGUUUAAAGAACAAGAGGAGAACAUGGCGGAAAUGAUCAGCGCUGAGGAGCAAGAGAGGUCGUUAUUUUUGGUUCAAAUUCGGUAUUUGGAGGAGGAGCUUGAGAGAUUUAAGCUGGCAAGCGAAGAGCUGGACAAGCAGAACCAAGAGCUGAUCUCAAAUUACAACCAGCUGGAGAAGGACAAGAGGGACAAGACCGAGCGUUUGAAACGCUUUGUGGCGGCGAAAGAGAAGCGCAUGGAUGAGCUGAGCGAGGAGCUGCAGACGCGGCUCCUGCUGGGGAAACGCAGCCGAGAGACGCUGAAGCAGGAGCACAGCAUCACGAAGCAGCAGCUGCAGGAGCAGAUAGACGAGGUUCAGGCAGAGAUAGAGCUGCAGACUGUGACUCUGGAGGAGAACGAGGAGCGCAUCAUGGAGCUGAGGCCUCAUGUGCCUAACAUAGAAUCAGUAGAGGAGGAGCUUCUGAAGAAGAAAGCUGAGCACGACGCUUUUAUUACCCAGCUGAAGAGGAACUCAGAGCUGGCGUGUGAAACGCUGAUCCAGCACUUCCAGGACUACAAGGAGCACACGGAGAACUGUGAAGCCAACAAGCUGCUGGCGACGGCCCGAGCGCUGCACCUGGAGCAGACCGAGCUCGCCACCUUCCUGGUGAGCGAGCAGGGGAUUCUGAAGGAGGAGAUCGCUGCCGUGAAGAAGAAACAGAAAAACAUUUCCUGCACCGGCCGGGGGCUGUGCAGGAAACUCACCUAUCUGAGCCACCUGAGAAACUUCAACGAGCAGGAUGUGAAGCUUCUUAAGAAGACGUUCCUGGAGCUCCAUCAGGAAAAAGAAGAAAGCAUCAAGAACCAGGAAGCCAGUCUGACUGAGACUGAAGCUCUCAGCCAGCAGGUCAACAAAGUGCAUCAGGACUUCCAGCAGAGAGUGGGCGACAUGCAGCGGCUGGAGAAGGAGCUAGAGAAGGAGACGAUCAGGAGGAGGCAGCUGGAGGGAGUGAAGGACGAAGCAAAGGUCAUCCUGAAGCACAUCCUGGAGGGUAAGGAUGACAUGUCUGUGGCUCAGUGGAAGAUCCAGAGGCUGGUGGAGAUCCUGGACCGAGCAGCGCCGCAGAACCCCGAGCCGACCGCCAGCAGCUUCCGUAAUAACCCCAGAGGAGUCCGGAAACGGCACUCCUGUUACCCAUUCAGUUCCAGAAAUAUGAACCCGUCUGGUUCCGACCCGUCUGGCUCCGUCUGACCCGACUGACCCGACUCCUCUGCAGUCACAGACUGGUACCGGCUCCGCCGGGCCGUAAGCAGGAACGGUUUAACGAGUCGCAGGUCCAAUAAAUGUUCCAUCCAUUUUGUUUCUGCAGGUUUGAAUCUGUAGACAGAAUCUGCUCCACCUUCAGUUCCUCAUCGCUUCAUUUAUUAGGACGAGAAUCUAAAUGCGACUUAAAUGAGAAAAUUAUGUAAAAAUAAACAGGUUGUUAUAUAGCAGCUGAUUGGAGCACAUGUCACGUUUUCCCAGCCAUAUUCUGAAGGGACAAUAAUCCCAAACACACAUUAAAACAGCUUUAUGUCGGAUGAAAGAGGAUUACAUUAAGCUUCUGGAAUGGCCCCGGUCUCCAUCCUAUGGAUUGGCCCCGGACAGCCGGGUCCGUUUCACCCCUAAAAUCUUUUCUCUGCAACUCGCUGAGAAAGAUUUUAAUAUUGAUAUAAAUAUUUCAGCCUGAAUGAUUUAAACUCUUUGUGGUUUAGAGAAAAUCAACUAUUAAUUCAAGCUUGAAAGUUGAUUUUGUUUUUAUAAAACAUAAAGAUGUUUGUUGUGUCAUCAGUAGUGGCCACACAUCCGCUUGCUAAUCGCUAAGCUAACAUUUUGUUUAGCAAUUUUGCUAAUUUACUCGGCUGGUUUGUAAAGUUUCAGUUCAAUAAAGUUCAACAUGUG